AAUGUUUUGAAAAUCAUCUGUUCUUUGUUGUUUUACAAAGUCAAUCGUAACUUACUUACUUCCCUAGCCCUGUUCCCUUGCUUUCAUACAGUCAUAUCGUUUUCACUGCAAGCGACGGGAUGCCUUCAUAACCCCAUGUUACCCUCAUGUUGCCUUCGUGGAGUAUGAAGUAGUUGCUGCUGCUCAUAUCGUGUGUCUGACCAACAUCGUCUAGAAUUCCUGACGAAGCCUUCUUGUUGCUCGGCCAUGGGUCCGGGAGAGACUGCACAGAGCUCUGAGCAAGAAAUUUUGUGGACUGCUGACCAGGAGUCGGCUUUGUUCCACAGUAUGCAAGGCCACCGCCCUGUUGGCGUAGCCAAGCAUUUCCAUGUCGCGUGCAUUGCACAUUCAUUUUCCAACACAAUCGGAAUAACCGUCAGUCCUAACCAAAUCUGGAAGCACCUGCGUAGCAUGUAUGACUUGGAGACACUGGACGAGCGGGAAGACUUGCCGUUUCCCAACGAUGAAACCAACUUCUCUCUUCCCCCUGAGUUCUUCGAUGACACAGCUGAGGAGGAAGAGGAAGACAAGGACGAGAAACUAGCGAGCGAAACUUCAAGCUUGACGUUAUCUGAAAAGAAGACUAGCAGUGGCCGGAGGGCCACGCCUGAGCCUCCCACACCUACACCGCCAUCGGCCGGGACCAAGCGGAAACGGACGAGGGUCUCAGCUGCUGCGGCGUCCGCAGCUGGUUCUUCGCCGCCGUCUCCGAGCACUCCUGCACCGCCGGCCAAACGCCGAAGGACGUGAUCUGCGUUGUGUGUGUGUGUGUGCGUGUGUGUGUGUGUGUGUGUGUGUGUGUAUGCAUGCGCGUGUGUGUGCAUAUCCACGCCAGCAUGCUCUCGCUCGUGUUGAUGUUGUCUAUGUUGUCUUUGAUGUUUUGUCUCGUUUGUGUGACUUGAGUUAUGCUUGUGUACUUGGCAAAAGCAACAAGAAUGUGCACUUCACGCCAUCGCUCCGUUAGAAUAAGCCAACAUGCUGAAAUUUUCCCUACUGUACAUAGAGUGGCCUUGCUCCAGUUGUUGUCUUUUGGUCAUCGUCGACUGAUAUCUUGUGUAAAGGGUUGGUUAUCAUUGGUUGUGUUUCCAUCUCCAAGGCCUGGUGUGCCAGCUCCUCUCAGUUGCCUGUGAGUGUGGCAGCAGCCGGUGUGUGUGUGUGUGUAGUGCGAAUGGCUGCUGUGUGUCGCGGGCAGUCACCAUGCAUCACAGUUUACCUAUCUGUCCAACUGCUGAGUUUUAACUGCUGUAGGAUUCAACCCCAUGAAGCGAUGAAAAAAUCUUGAUCUCAUUCUUGGCCGCUGCUCUAUCCUUGUUUCCCUCCUCCUGCCCUGCUGUGCAGGGCAUGCUACGCUGUAUUCCUAUCUAUUUUUAUUAGAGACCGCUGGCGGAUGUGGACUGAACUCCAUGUACCUCUUCCCCUGCACUGUAGCUGUGCGUGCGUGUGUGUGCGUGUUAAUUCGCAUUGCCAUCUUCCCAAUGCCUCUGUAGAUCAAACCAAUGUCGUGUCAGUUUCUUUGUGCUACCUGUUGACUUGAAGCACACACGUUGCGAUUGCUUCGCUUUAUCCCAACGCUGUGCUUCACCACAUGAACCAUUUUUUUUGCGUGAAUGCAAUUUUUCGUGUUUGUUUGUUUUGGUCCUUAUCACCAAUGUUUGUUUUGUGUCACUGUUUGUCUGUAGAACAGUGCUACUGGUUGUGAAGCUAUAGUCUGUUGAUAUUGCACACUCCAUUUGCCUAUCAUA